UGGGACGCGGCCGUGUCUCGGCGCAACGCUUUGAAUCGGAGAGGCCCGCUUCGCGUGAGCAAUGGACCACCGGGCGACAAACCGGCCCUUCUCAUACUUGCGACCAAAUCUGCGGAUGCCCAGCAGGUCUCUUGAAGACGCGCUGUUCCCCAACACCCCGCGUUUUCCCGAACAGGAGCGAAUACCUAGCGACGAUAGCGAACAAGGGCAGGAGCAAGAGGAUGCCGCUGCGGCAGAGCAACCAGCCACACAUGGAACCGUCAACUAUGGACGGGGUGUUACAUCUAUCACAGUACCUUUAUCCAGGACUCCUGCGUCAAAGACCCCAGCGUCCAAAACUGCGGAGUUCAAAAGGAAAGGCGCCAAGCCUGUAUUUGUCAGAUCCUCUCCAGCCCAGGACGCCGGCGCGAAAGUUGCAAAUAGUGGAGCAGCCGCGAGCAGAAGACGCGGGAUCAACAGAACACCACUUCUGAACACGCCCGCGCCGAGAAAUGUAGGAGCCAGAGGCACGUCGAGCAGAACUGCAGAGCCAGAGACUCCUUUCGCCGCGACUACAGCCAGAAAUAGACCACAGUGGAACGCAACGGUAACUAGCAUGGCGGCUCGAGAGACUGGCUGGUCACGCAACUAUCCGACUACGGAACCAUUGGAUCACUUUCAGGACCAGGAGUACGAUCGCUGGCCACCCUCCGCGGGCAACAGCUCGUCGGCCAUGACCACAGUGGCAUCAGUGGGUGCCUUCACUCCUACUGGAGGCGUAUGGGAUGACGGGGAGAUCCCGUACGCAGGAGAGGGUGUCGAGAACCUCGCCAUGACUGGCAAUUUUCCACUCGCCACUGGCAGCAAUACGUAUUCGCCCAUUUCCCACAUAAUAGGAAACGAAUUCGACGUGAAGCACUUGGGGAAGCAGUGUGCUGUGAUCGUGGUGCUUUCACUGCUGCUCGCGACUUUUCUGACGAUCAUGGUCGUCGGCUGGUUUCCGAAGAAGGACAAUCACAAGUACGGCGGCAACGUCGUCACCGCACGCAUGCACCCGCCCGAAGGCUCCGAUAGGAACGCCAGGGUUGGCGACGAGCAGAUUCGGGAGCAUGUGGUGAAACGCCCGCCCGCACCGCGUGCGGUGCCGAAAGCGACUAAAAAGCCUGUCUUCACCCUGGUCGACUACGAGGACACCAAAGCUCCCGGUGAAGCGGCGAAGUACGACUUCGAGUGCGACACCGACGCCUGCCGCUGGCAGAGCCGGCUGGUGGACGAGAAACUGAACCCGAGCGUGGACCCGUGCGUUGACUUCUACGGUUACGUCUGCUCAGCGGCCUGGGACCUGGACGGCCACUUGCCAUACAGGGCAGCGGGACGCGCCUUCGUGAUCACCGAGGUUACCAGGUAUCUCCAGGAACACAUGCACACCAUGCCAGCAGCGGGUACAGCAGUACUCGAGCACGUUGAGCAGAGCUUCCUGGAUCACUCCAGCCUCCUGCUGAGUUCCUGUCUCAACAACGCGGCUGCCAAGGACGUGACACAAUGGGACGGCAUAAGAGGCUUGCUUCGGGAAACAGGCCUAGAUGACUGGCCCUACUCCGAGCCACCGCCCGCGCAACCACAGCAGCCUUUCCGGCUCGACUGUGUGCUUAAGCGCAUUGACCGGCAACUCGCCAUCUUUCCCAUCGUGUUUGUCUCAUUGCGGAAGUCGCUCGAAACUCGCUCGUACGAUCUGCACCUGGACGCGCCAAGGAAUUUCCUGUUUGUGCAGUACGAGAUACAGAAGAACAAUGAGUCUCUGCCAUACAGGGAGAUACUUCGGCAGGUGCUGACCCUCUGGAAGGCGCUUUCCGGUAGCAACGACUUGGCCGAGGACGUCGCGCGCUUCGAGGCUCUGCUUCUGGAAGCGUCACAGCCUUUCAACAAGGCAGCCUGGAAGAAGGACGUCACCUAUCCUGUGAAGAAGUUCCCGCGCAUGCCGAAGUUCCGUGUGGACGCCUACCUCUCGCAUCUCCGCUCCAGAGACGAUGGCGAAGUGGUGGUUCUCAACCCCGUGUACGCCAGCAAACUCUACGAGAUUCUUCGGGCGACCAGUCCGCGGACGAUCCUAAACUUCCUCGGCGUCCGGAUGGUUGCACUCGUAGCCCCGCUGCUUCCGCAGGAGUCGAUUCCGCGGGACCUCCUACGCCUGGGUUACCCGAGUUUCCAGCACGGCCUGAAUCCGAGGACCCAGAGCUGCUUCCACCUGGUCGAGCGGUUGUUCCCGCAUGGUGUUCGGUUGAUACUGCGUGACAUCCUGGCCAGGACCACCGACCUUGACCGCCAAUGGGCCGCGACGAUCAAAAGCAUGGUCUCGUCGCUGGAACACACCUUCCGAGCGGGGACCACCUGGAUGCAGAGCGUAGACACCGCGGACGCCAUCAAGCGUCUCAAGUCCCUGCAGGUAGGUUACCUGGCUGGCCAAGAGCUCGAGGAAGAAGUCGAACACUACUACGAAACGGUAAAGGCCACCGGCUCCGGUCCCGAAAACCCUGUGCGCUACUACGGCGAGCUCCUAGCCAAAAGCUUGCGGAAGUACUGGAUGUCAGGCGCCGACGGCGCGAACUACGACGCUCGCUUCAGUGAACGCUUCACUAAUCUCGACGUGCCUUGGACCCGGUCGCCGGAGUCAGCGCUCAGGCUAUACCUGACUUCGAGCACAGUGGCCGCCGCGUCGCUGGUGACGCGGUCCAACUACCCUUCCACGCUGUUCCCCUUGCUGGCUGCCGACGUGACUCGGGCCUUGUUCCUGGCGUCGCUGGACGACCCGCAGUGGUCCAGCUGGACUCGAGACCGCUUCCAGGCGCUCCAGUAUUGCCUGCUGAGGCGCUACAAGCACGGCGUCCGCCAGGACAAUGCCUCCGCAGCCAAUGUUCGCGACUUCCUCGCCGACAUUCUGGCUGACAAUGCCGCACUGAAGCCGCUGAUGGCGGCCUUCAGGCGCUUUUCGCACGGCGCCUUAUUCGUGCCCGGUCACAGGUCUGCCGGCCUUACUGUCGACAGGCUGUUCUUCAUAAACUACGCAGCGGGUUUUUGCGCUCCCAAGGCGGAGCAGGAGCAGGUGCGGGAGCGCCUGCGCUACCGACUGGGCCUACCGCCGCGCACCCGCGUCAACCUCGCACUCCUGGACCUGAAAGAGUUCCGGGACGCCUUCAAGUGCUCCCACCAGCUGGGUGCGUCGCGCUGCCCCGUGUGGAACCGGGACGGCAGAGACGGCCUGUGGGAGAGCGACGCGGACUAGCGGACUGCAGCUGUCGAAUGUCCCAUGACGCAUUGCGGGCACUUGUCACCUAGGCCCCGAUCAAUGACCGUUUAUAUUGCUUUUAAAUUGUUUUGUCUUUUGUUUUCCGCUUUCCUGUUCAUAGGUGUGUGAGACGCGCUAUUUUGUGAUAUCCGUGCAAACGGUAUUAAAGGGACAUUAUUUUCGCUUUUACUAAUACAGGGCAAUCUCCGUUAAUGGCAUCAUAUUUGUCAGUAUGCGGCAUAAAUUUCUGACAAAACUUCGAAAUUUCAAGUUUCCACUGCUGCAGAAGAUCGCGAGGAAAAGCUUCCUGCCUAUGUAUCAUAGUUCUUUCGCUUUGCAAACGAAAAUUGGUGAUCAUAAUGCAAUGCUCAAAAUGCUCCAUAUUGUCUUGUUUAUUAUUACAUGUCAAUACCUUUGGAAGAAAAGCAGCUGGCACAUAUUGGUUGCAUGUGUGUUGUUUAUCACAAAUUAUAAUGAUUGCAUAUGUUAUGAAUAAAAAAAAGCGAGCUGAGCACUUUCGUAGCUUAACAUAAUAGUGGCGUUAAAAGGACGAAAAAUAGCACAGCAUGAGCUCCGUAUUGGCAAUUAUACAUUGAUCACAGAUGUGUGCUUAAGCCAUCAUGCAGAAACAUUAAAGAAGAAAAGAAAUGCCGUCUGAGCGGUUGAAACGAGUUGUACGUUGUCAGCAAGUGACGUGAAGAAGCGUCCAGUUUGUAUCGGUUAAUUACCCUGAUUAGUGUAUUCAUGGCAUAUUUGUCAGUGCUAGAGGGUUCAGAACACAUUGUAAGAAAUCAUUUUCAAUGCAUGGACGAAUUUAUAAAGUGACGCGCACCAUCGAGCGGCCGCUGGUGCGGUAUUACUGGACUCUUGAGGGAAGGCGCUCCAUCGUCUGCUUCACUUGCAGCCGAUUUAGCUAACCAUAGCACAACAGGCUAGAAUGAAUGACAGAAAGACGUCUCCGUGCAGUCGGUGCGCCCAGUGCAUCCAUGCUGCAGCACCUUUUUUUUUUUUUUUUUGCCUGCAGAGCGAAGCUAAAGAACGUGCCAGGUAAGCAGGCAUAAACUCACCAGGAGGUCCGAACUAGGGCCUGUUUCUUUGGGACUAAAAAUGUUAUGACUAUCUUUUUUUUCUAUCGUGGGUCGCCGCUUGCUUUUGUUAAACGUAUAAAACGAACAGCCCGACGCACUGUUGAGAAGACUGUGACGCGCCAUUAGAGUGCAAGGUAGGUUUUACGCUACUACUUUCUUGUAUUUCGGCUGUAUGUAUACGCACGGAGUCCUUCCUGCGGCAAUCAAUUUUAAAGCGAUUCGACGCGUAAACGGCGUCUGGUGGGGCUUUUA